AUAACUUUACCACCUGAAAACAUGACGAGUUACACAGACAAAGGACCAAAGCCUGAGGGAGGUCGAUUUCUUUCGUUCGACCAUGUGACAUUCUGGGUCGGCAAUGCUAAACAGGCGGCUUCCUAUUACUGUACAAGACUUGGCUUUGAACCAUUUAUGUACAGAGGCCUUGAAACAGGAAGCAGAAAUGUUGCAUCCCAUGUUGUCAAACAGAAUAAGAUUAUUUAUGUCUUCCAAUCAAUGCUUGAACCUGAUAAACCAGCAGAUAUGGCAAGUCAUCUCACUAAACAUGGGGAUGGUGUUAAAGAUGUGGCUUUUGAAGUAGAAGACUUGGAUGCUAUAGUCAAGAUAGCAAAGGAACGAGGAGCCAAAGUGGUUAAAGAUAUCUGGGAAGAAUCUGAUGAACAAGGGACUGUUAGAAUGGCAAGUGUUCAGACUUAUGGAGACACGACACAUACUCUAAUAGACAGAUCAAAAUAUACAGGCCCUUUCUUGCCAAACUACAGACCAGCCCAAACUAAUGAUCCAUUGGUUACAUUGUUGCCUUCAACUGGUCUUCUUCAUAUAGAUCAUAUAGUAGGCAAUCAACCAGAUCUUGGCAUGAAUGAUACAGUCCAUUGGUAUGAGAAAAAUUUGAUGUUCCAUCGCUUCUGGUCUGUUGAUGACAAGCAGCUAAGUACUGAGUUUUCUGCCCUUAGAUCUAUAGUUGUUACUAACUUUGAAGAAACCAUCAAGAUGCCUAUCAAUGAACCAGCUCCAGGGAAACGAAAAAGUCAAAUUCAGGAGUAUGUGGACUAUUAUGGUGGAGCAGGAGUUCAGCAUAUUGCCAUGAGAACAAACAAUAUCAUAGAAUCUAUUUCCAACCUGCGUGCUCGUGGACAACAGUUCCUUGAAAUUCCAGCGACAUAUUACAGAACAUUGAGAGAAAAUUUGAAAAAUGCAAAAAUUAAAGUCACUGAAGACUUGGACGUACUUCAGAAACUUCACAUAUUGGUUGACUAUGAUGAUGAAGGUUAUUUGCUGCAGAUUUUCACUAAAAAUAUGCAAGAUAGACCAACACUGUUUCUGGAAGUCAUUCAGAGGCAUAAUCAUCAGGGAUUUGGUGCAGGUAACUUUAAGUCUUUGUUUGAGGCCAUUGAAGCUGAUCAAGCUGAGAGGGGAAAUCUUUGAAAUACAACAAUCUAUCACAUUAUGAAAGACAUAGUUUUGUGUCCCAGAAAUACAAUUUUCCAGCAAGAAAAAAAAAGCCCUUUUUCUGAAAGGAGAGUUUGUAAAAAAUUAUUUUUUUUGCAAUCAUUUAAUUCAUUUAUUCAGAUUACUAAACAAUAAAUUCUUUAUAGAGAAUUAAAAAAAAAAAAAGCUUUACAUACUAAGGCCUUGGCUUAUUAGUUUGUAAUUACAAUGGUAUGAAAUUUUUAUGUUAAAUUAUGCUUUAUAUAUAAAUAUGAUUGUCUUGUUAUAUAUGUAUACAUUUUUCAUGUUCUUUUACAAUAAACAGCUUAUUUUUAAAGGUCAGGAAUCUAUUUAUGUACCUUUAUACAAAUGCCUUGAUGUUUGACUAAAGUUUACUUCAAGAUGUGCACUUCAUUAUUUUACAGUAUUCAUUUUUUGAUAUUUACAUUUCUUUUUUUAUUGGUUGUGGGCUUCCAUAUAAUUGUGAUAUUUAGAUUGUUAGCAACUCGUUAGAAAUUUUAAUGAAAUGCAUAAUAAUAAGAGAGGUAGAAUUACCUUUUGAUAAUUGAACUUGUUAUUUUGUAAAGUCAACACUACUUUAUUUUAACCUCAUUAAAAAAUCAAACUCUAACAUGUUUGUUACAUUGAAGUUCAAGUGCUGAUAGGAAAUCUGUUCAAUUAUAGCUGCAUCCUGUUUUUAGUUGGAAUGAGCACAGGCAAUUUUACUUGUUCAUUGCACCAUUGCUCAGAUCUUCAAAAUGUAACCAUUGCCCACUCUAGGCUUGUUAAGAAUGUCCAUUGUAUUUAUUUCUCAUGUACCUAGUUGGAUUAGAAUUUCAUUCCUUGCUCAAAUCUGGAGUUUUAUUUGUGUGCCCCUUCUGGCAGCUUUAUGUAUAGUCUUUUAAUCAACUUUUUUGAGUUUUACAAAUUUAUUUAAUUUUGAUAAUAGUAAAUAUGUAGCAAUUUUUUUUCUUUUAUUUGUGUUAGGCAUUACUCAUGUUUUUUUGUGUGUGUAUGUAACCAAGGUCAUUGUUGAUCAAAGAAAUAAUACAACUAUUAUCAGAAGUAAGCAAUUCAACCAGUCAACAGAGUAGUUUGGCAUUUAAGUACUAAUAUAGUAUUUCCAUAUAUAUCAAUGGCAAUGACCUUAGUAACUAUACAUACAAACACUUUCUAUUAGAGCACUGAUUGAUAACAUACAUAACAAUUUAUCCUUCUUGUUAUUCAAGAUGUUGAACUUCCAUUCCAAUAGUUGUAUUGGCACACGCCAACUGUCUAUAUUGAUUGGAUCAGAUGCAUUUCAUUUCAUAUUACAGUUUUAUUAUAAUUGCUCUACAAAUUAAAGUCUCAAUGAAUGAAACUUG